UUAAGGCCUGUUUGUUUAUUUAUUUACUUACAGUAAAAGGUGGUUUGAGUUUAGACAUUCUAAUGUUAAAAUUAAGAUUAACUUGUAAUAAUAAAAUCAUUGAUUGAUUUUUUUUAAUAGGCUAGGUCUCCGUCUCCUACUCAGUUUGGUUCAGUUUUCAAUUAGGCCUAGGCCUAUAAUGCCAAUUUUAAUUCAGUCAUCAUAGGCUGCUGUUUUAGAAUAGGCCUACAUCAAUAUAAAUUUUACUAACACGUAACAAAAUGAAAGUCCUAAAGCCACACUGGGUGUCUCAUGAUGAUCUGCCAAUCUACUCAAUUGAUAUUCAUCCCGAUGGGUCACGUUUUGCUACUGGAGGACAAGGAGAAGACUCGGGUAGAGUUGUCAUCUGGAACAUGGCUCCGGUGGCAGAUCAAGUCGUGGAGUUGGAUCAAUCUGUUCCUAAGAUGCUUUGUCAGCUGAAUAAUCAUCUAGCCUGUGUGAACUGUGUGCGAUGGAGCUACUCGGGCAAGUAUCUGGCGUCUGGAGGAGACGACAAGAUGAUCAUGGUUUGGGUCAUCAGCAAAUCUGGAGGUGGAUCCGUGUUCGGCAGCAAGGGAGCGGUGAACGUUGAGUCUUGGCGUUGUGUGUCGACACUCAAGCGACACGACGGAGACGUGCUGGACAUUGCGUGGUCGCCUCACGACGUCUGGCUGGCCACAUGCUCCGUGGACAACACAGUCAUAGUGUGGGACGCACACAAACUACCAGAGGUGGUGGCAGUACUGAAGGGUCACACGGGUCUGGUGAAGGGAGUGACGUGGGACCCGGUGGGGAAGUACCUCAGUACACAGUCAGACGACAAGAGUCUGCGUAUCUGGCGCACAGUGGACUGGCAGGAGGAGGCUGUCAUAAACAAGCCAUUCCAAGAGUGCGCGGGAACCACCCUAGUGUUGAGGCUGAGUUGGUCGCCUGAUGGCCAGUAUCUGGUGUCGGCGCACGCCAUGAACGGCUCAGGGCCAACAGCGCAGAUAAUAGAACGUGACGGCUGGCGGCAUGACAUUGACUUUGUGGGACACAGAAAAGCCGUCACAUGCGUUCGUUUCAACUCCAACAUCCUUCAGCGGGAUUUUUCGCGCACAGGCAAGACACAGCACGCGUGUUGUUGUGCGAUCGGCUCGCGCGACAAGGCCAUCUCCGUGUGGGUGACGGCACUCAAGCGACCUCUUGUGGCAAUGCAGAACCUCUUCAGUAGACCAGUGUUGGACCUCAGCUGGAGCACCAGUGGUCUGCAGCUGAUGGCUUGCUCUUUGGACGGUACUGUUGCGUACUUUGAGUUUACCGAGGAAGAGCUCGGACGGCCCCUCACUGUUGAGGAGAAGAAUGCGUUGUAUGAGAAGACGUAUGGAAAGUCGUUUGCCUCCAGUCAACCCACUUCUGCCGGUCUGCUGGAGAACCCGUCAUUGGUGAUGUCCAAGAAAUCCGUCCCCGAGUCCCAGGUAGCUGUGGCUAAGGUUGCCACGACACCAGCCCCUGCACCUGCACCUGCCCCAAUGGCUGAGCCUAUCCUUCCCCCUGUUCCCGUCAAUAAGAAACAGAUUGAGACUCGCACUUCGGACGGAAAACGCCGCAUCACUCCAGUCUUUAUACCUCCUGUCAAAGAUUCUGGUGAGGGUCCAGCUCCGUUCAUGGCCGAGGAGAUUCGGUCAUCCUCUUCACAGGCGACCCAUAGCCGCAUAGAAACUGUCCGUCGGGAUGAAAUUGUCGCCCCCAAUGUUUCCACUCCAGUUGAAGUACAAGAACAGCCAAAAAGGCAACGGUUGAUAGAAGAUGCGCCUAGUGUCCAAAAGCCAGUUGCCCCGUUUAAGCGUAAUUUGGACAAGACACUGACUGCUAUUAGCAAGCGGCCGGCCAAGCUGGCGGGGGCCGGGACAGCUGCAAGCGGGGCCGUGUGUCAGGCGGCACCAGCAGCAGGAGAGUCUCUAACACUGCCUUGUCCUCAACUACGGCCAAUCACACGAUAUUUUAUACCAGGAUCGUCCAAGUGUCUUCUGAUAGAGAACGAGUCUUGUUUGAGUCCAUUUGGACGACUGACACAAGUCAAGCUGAAAAUGGCUGAACGACUGCUGUGGGAAACAGUGCUAGGCAGUGUGGUGUGUGUGUACGCAGCCAACCCCACGCUAGUGGUGCUGGGCUGUGCGGACGGCACAGCUCAUGUGUACGACACAGUGAGUGGCGCCCGUGUGAUCCCUGCUGUGAUGCUAGGCGCUGCCCCGGUGCACGUGGCGCUCUCUGGUGCCAAACUGCUGUGUAUCUCUGGCGCCGGGCUGAUGAGCGUUUGGUGUAUGCAGAAACGCACCAGUCUGGUCAGUGACGUCAGUGUGCGACCUAUCAUGUCUGGUGCAGGUCGCAUCAACCGAUGCUCCGUGACACAGGCAGGUGUACCAACAGUUGUGUUGGACUCAGGACGAGCUUUCAUGUACUCACUUGAGUUUAAGACCUGGAUGAGAAUGGCUGACAAUAAAGAUGCGGCUGUGCUCAACACACAGAAGUCGUUCCAGUCUGCGUGGCAGAGUCUUCCUGACAACGGAACUGUGCCACUACGUACAGCUCAGUCAUACUGUCAUAACAGUUUGGAGCGAAGUCUGAUGCAUCGUCAAGACAACACCGGUGUUUGUACGCAGGGUUAUCUGGAGGAGCAGCUUGUGAUAUGUAGAGCACUAGCGUCCGCCACGGAGUAUCGCUUCUGGCUCACAACCUACGUCCGCUUCCUGUUACAAGACGGCCUGGAAAGUAGGCUGCGACUGAUCUGUGAGACACUGAUGAGAGAGGCCUGUGAGUCUGAUCCCAACUGUCUCUGGAACCCGACCCCUCUGGGAAUUGAUCGAAUGACGUUACUAAGAGAGGUUCUCAACGAGAUGGCUUCCAGUCCGCAAGCACAAAGACUGUACACGGAGUUUAACGAGCAACUUCAGUCUUCCAUUACUUGAACACCUGAUCUCAUUUAUGCAUUACUCGUCUUGUGAUAUCAGUUUAGCUUUAAGCUUGUCAUACUGCCAACAAUGUGUGUGCAACACAAAAUUUAGUAGAUGAAGUAGAAUAAAUACUAUGUGACUUGCACAGUCAACAAUGAAUGAAGUACAAUGUUAAGUUAGGCUUAGUGUAUUUUCUUUGCCAUACCUUUCAGGUAUACAUUAGAUAUUUUUUUAACUGGCUAUUUUCAUCAUGAAAAUUGUGUUUGCUCUGUGAGUAGUGUAUUUUAUCUUGAAAUUAGUGAAUUCAUUUGACCAAUAUCAGUUUCUAAAUCAAUAGUUAGUGGAGCUAUGAAUAUUUCUAUUUUUAUAACGUAUUUACUAUAAUAAUUUUUCUACUCGCUAUUUUAAUCCUGAAACUAGUUUUUUUGCUCUUUGAGUAGUGAAUUAUUUAAAACAAGUGAAGUUUUAUAGUUGCUGACAAACGUGUAUCUCAAACAAUAGAAAGUCAGGAUGUAAGUAAUUUUAUUUUGAUAAUUCAUUGAAUGAAAUUAAAGUAUUUCUGUUACCUAAUAAAAUAAAUAGGAUAUAGUUUUGUAUUUAUUAUACUAAUAAAACUGUCUACCAUCAGUGAUGUGUUAGUUAAUUUAUGUAUGA